GUUAUUAAUUGACGAGGUCUCAUAUAUAUCAUGGCAAAAUCUAGCUUUGUUAUUACUUCUCUCUUUAUAUUUUCUUGUAUAAGCAGCCUUGUAAUUCAUACUAAAUCUUACCGUCAUUAUCCUCAACCUGAUGUAAGAGCAAGCUUAUUUAUUUUCGGUGAUUCACUCUUUGAUGCUGGAAAUAAUAACUACAUCAGAACUAUAGGCCAGGCCAAUUAUUAUCCAUACGGUGAAACUUUCUUUAAGUACCCAAGUGGUAGAUUUUGUGAUGGUCGACUUAUCUCAGAUUUUAUUGCUGAGUAUGCUAAGCUACCUUUCAUUCCACCAUAUUUGUACCCUGGAAAUCAUGAUUAUAGCUAUGGGGUGAAUUUUGCUUCAGCUGGAUCUGGUGCUUUGUUCGAGACUGGAAGAGAUAUAGUUGUGAUAGAUCUUAAUACUCAGCUUGAAUAUUUCAAGAACGUUAGCAAUCAGCUGAGAAAACAAUUAGGGAAUGCAGAGGCAAAAGCUUUGCUUUCGAGAGCUGUUUUUAUCUUUAGUGUUGGGAGCAAUGAUUACUCAUUCCCUUUCGAAAGAAACAUCACCAUCCCUAACACCCAAAAGUUUGUGGGGAUGGUCAUAGGCAACUUAACCAAAGUGAUUAAGGAAAUUUAUAACAUUGGAGGAAGGAAAAUGGGGUUUUUAAACUUGGAUCAUUUUGGGUGCUAUCCAUACGGUAGAGUGCUUGAAGGGGGAAAUAAUUGCUUUGAUAAAUUCUUACCCUUUAUAAAAUUACACAAUACACAACUUUCCAUGAUGCUAAAAAAGUUGGAAACAAAGCUCAAAGGAUUCAAAUACUCAUUUGUUGACCAGUACACAUUCACGGAAGAAAGACUAAAUCACCCUUCAAAAUAUGGUUUCAAAGAAGAGAAAGUUGCAUGUUGUGGAAGUGGUCAGUACAGAGGACAUCCUAGUUGUGGAGGUAGGAGAGGAGAGAAAGAGUAUGAACUCUGUGAAAAUGUCAACGAUCAUGUCUUCUUUGACUUUGCUCAUGGAACAGAGAGGUUCAACGAACAAUUUGCCAUAGAGGCGUGGAAUGGAAAGCCAAGUGGCUCAGGGUCUUCUAAUCUCAAACGAUUAUUUGAAUAGGAGUAAGCGUGGAGUGGAGACCUUCAUUAAUUUCAUUGUACUAGUACUACAUAUUUCCCAAUAAGUUUCUUUUUUUUUUCCGCUGGAGUUGACCGUGUUGAAAAGUUCAUCUCAGUUAGUCGGGUUGAAAUUUUAUCUCCUAUUUUUCAUUUUUACAGCUCAUUCAUGUUUAGUAUGAAUACUACAAUAAUUGUUUAUUAAUAUUUCCGAUCUAAUUAAUUAUAUAUUGAAUGUUAAUUUUUAUUAUUGGAUUUGAUCCAAUUAAUCUCAAUAAUUUAAUCGAUUCACUAUUCAAUGAAUAUUGGAUUGAAUGUAUUUUGUAUAUAUCUAUUGUUUUAAUUUAAA